CGCGAAACCUUUUUCCAUAUUCCAGAGAUGCCUAAGCGGCUUAUAUGAGCUCUGGGCAAGACCAUAUGGGAAAAGUACUUCUCCCUCACUGUCCCGAUACUGUUCAGCUUUUGUCACUUCCUUCGUCAAAUCGCCGAUUCCUAACAUACCAGUCACCGCUUUCACAGCCACCAUGGCGCCCAAUUUCCACAUUGAGACUGAGAAUCUACCACUUAAUCGCUCCGCUGGAUUUCAACAAAAAGUUUUGGAUGGCAUUCAGGACCUGCUGAUGGUUCUGGCUGUGGAUGGCCGCAUCCUCUACUCAUCACCAAUGAGCUUUCCAUUAAUUCAAGUCGACUCGGAGAAACUUGUUGGACACUACAUGCCUACCUAUAUGAAGGUCGACGAUAUCCCCGUGUUUCUAGAGGAUUUCAAAGACAACAUGGCAGCUGGAAGACCAUGGAGAUACCAUCACAGACUACGACGACAGGAUGGUACUUUCGCCAUCUUUGAAUCGACAUUCAAACCAUACACCGAGAACUUGGUCUUCGAACAAGCUGGUUUGAAACCAACCAAGAUGUGCUUGAUGACUUCACGACCUUAUCCAAUUCCCAGUACUUCAUUGAUGGACUCUUUUCUGGAACAUUGCACAACACACAUUCGCUUGACUGCCCAGCUGGCAAAACUAAAAGAGGAAUCUCAGACGAUCAGCCAAAGCACAACGACAACCGCCGUGGCAUAUAAUCAGAAUGAUGAUACGAUCCAAACCCUUUCAGAUGCGUCAACUUCGACGAAACCGCAGGUGGACUCUGUAGUGGGUGAUGUGGGGAUUGAGAUCACAACCUCUCGUCUGCAAACGAUGCAGGAGACCGGUGGCUGGACAGCUAAACCACGCACGAAGAAGCGGAAAGAGGGGCAACUCAAGGAGUUCCUGUGCAAAGAGUGCGGGACUGCUGAUUCUCCGGAAUGGCGAAGGGGCCCUUCUGGGCCAAAAACACUCUGCAACGCUUGUGGCCGUAAGUUCUUGUGA